AUGCUGACGAAAGGAGCUGAGGAUUGGUGGACUAAUACUAUGCAGAGAUUCGAUGAGGAAGAAGAUGUGUGUGGAAAGGAAGAAGUGAGAUUCCUGGAGUUGAAACUAGGAAAAGGACAAUACCGUGGGGAACCGUAUGGUAAUAAGAAAAAGCAGAAAUCUAGUUCUGCCAAGAAGCCAAGUGGGGGAGGAUCUUAUACUUUGAUUAAAUUCUACAAGUGUGACAAGAUAGGUCACCAAGUGGUUGAUUGUGGAAUUGGUUCGGGUAAGAUUUGCUACAGUUGUGGUGAGCAAGUACACAUCAGUGCCAUGUGCGACAAGCUAAAGAAGGGGCAAGCGGCAACGAAAGUGUUUGUGUUGUCUGGUGAUGAGGACACUGCUAAGGAUAGGAUAAUCUGGGUGUGGGGAUGA